UCCAGCGCUAACAUUUUCUGCCUCGCCUUGCGUGUGCUGCGCUCUCGGGUCGAUGUUGCGCAUUUAACACUGACCACACAUGCGGAAUACACAGUCAUCUUCCCCCGAAGAAGUACUAAAGGGGUCACUCCCAUCUCUGUUCGGACUACUCGACAAACGCGAGCGAUUCUACGGAGAUUUCUAUUCCUUUGGACAAAGCAUAAAGAACCAAAGAAAGGGAAAAGUGCGCUGAAUGCUUGUUGAUCAUGCCGCGGAGCCCCAUGUCUAGCGAGGAGGAAAUGGCUCAAAGUUUCUCGGACUCGGUCAGUUCGGAAUCAGAUAGCUCCCGAGAUGAGCCUCCCAGGCUGGAUCGACCUACCAGCGUCCGACUGGACGACAGCCUGCGAGACACAAUGCUCAUCUGUGUGGUCAUCCCUGACCUGCAGCAGUCUAAAUCCAUGAGGUUCAGUCCUGAUGCCACAGUAUGGGUUGCUAAGCAGCAGAUCCUGUGUACACUCACACAGAGUCUGAGGGAUGUGCUCAACUACGGGCUCUUCCAGCCAGCGGUGGACGGGAGGGAGAGUGGUUUCCUGGAGGAAGAACGGCCCCUGAGAGACUAUCCGCUAUCCACCAAUAAAGGCGUUCCAACCCUUGAGUUCCGCUACAAGAGCAGAGUGUACCAGCAGCCAAACGUCAACGAAAAGCAAAUUGAAAAACUCCACACACAGGUCAACCUGAGGAAAUUUAUGGAGUAUAUCCAGCAUCAUCAGGUGGACAAAGUCUCCAAGAUGUUGGAAAGAGGAUUGGACCCCAACUAUCAUGACCCUGAAACUGGUGAGACACCACUAACCCUUGCGGCCCACCUGGACAAUAUGGUGGAGAUUAUAGUUACAUUGAAAAACGGUGGGGCUCAUUUAGAUUUCCGCUCUCGGGAUGGGAUGACUGCCCUGCACAAAGCAGCCAGGGCAAAGAACCAGAUAGCUCUUAAGACUAUGUUGGAUUUGGGAGCGUCUCCAGACUAUAAGGACCAGCAGGGUUUGACUUCACUCUACCACACAGUGACUGUAGGGGGAGACCCGAGCUGCUGCGAGGUCCUUCUGCGAGCCCAUGCCAGCGUGGGAUGCCACGAUGAGAACGGCUGGCACGAGAUCCACCAGGCUUGUCGAUACGGCCACAUUCAGCACCUGGAGCAUCUCUUGUUCUACGGAGCUGACAUGCAUGUGGAAAAUGCAUCUGGGAAUACGGCUCUCCAUAUCUGCGCUCUGUACAAACAGGAAAAGUGUGCCAGGGUUCUUCUGGUUCGAGGAGCCAGCAAAGACGUCAAAAACUACCGAGGACAAACGCCCUUUCAGGUUGCAAUAAUUGCUGGAAAUUUUGAGCUUGCAGAAUUCAUAAAGAAUCACAAAGACGCUGAUAUUGUGCCUUUUCGGGAGGCACUGACAGGCACGGGUCGGAGCAGGCCGCUGCAGCAAACACCGCCACAGCACCAGGGUAGGAGCACUCUUGCCGCCCCACGCGUGCUGCUCCGCUCCAACAGUGACAACAACCUGAACGUUAACAAGCUACCACUGGACCGUUCUCGCUCGCCCUCUCCUGCCGCCUCCCCCCUGCGCAGCCUCUCGCCCCGCCACCCCCAGCAGAUGCAGAACAGCCCCAAUGGCACGGUGAAGACCAUGGCCCGGGGGGGACGCUCCGCCCGAAGUCGUUCCCCAUCCCUGGGCCGACUGGGGGAGGGAGACACCCGGAGACAGACCCCUCAGCGCCACAGCAGGUCAGUGGCUGUCCCAGAAGGGAGAAAUGGGUCUUGA